AUGAAUCCACCUAUCAACACACGGGUUAUCUUUAGUCCUGCUACGAAUCAGUCACCAAUCAAGCUUCUGAUGAGGAAGUAUGCAUCCGCAGACGCUCCAGUUCUAGCUCGGUACCUGCAGGACUCGAAGUCGAUCCACUUCUACGGCAUUUACUUUGGGGAUAGCUUCCCAAACAACAAAUCCGAUACUCCAAGCGAUAAAGAAGAAUAUGCAGCACGGUUUAUAGGCGUCUUCCGCUAG